AUGUCUUCCCAUCAUAUCCGCCCGAUGCUCUACGCCCGUCCAGCCGACAUCCUGACGGAGCACCCAAUCGUCGGUCUCUCUUUAGCCGCUCUUGGAGGCAUCGUUCUCUCUUUCCAUGUUCUCAGGCUUGUGAGGGUGCUCGUACAGACGUACUUGGUCCCUGGGGUGUCGCUCAAGAAAUUCGGUGCUGGAAAAGGUGCAUGGGCCGUUGUGACCGGAGCUACAGAUGGAAUAGGGAGAGAGUUCGCGCUACAGCUCGCAGGCAAGGGAUUCAACGUCUUCAUCGCAUCGCGAAGCGCGGACAAGCUGAAUGCCGUCGCCUCCGAAAUUGAGGGAAAAUAUAACGUGAAGACUAAGACUCACUCGAUCGAUUUCUCGAGCAAUGAUACGGAGGCGUACAAGGCUUUGGAAACCGCCCUUUCGGGGUUGGAAGUGACCGUACUUGUCAACAAUGUCGGGAAGUCUUACGAGAUGCCUACCAACUUUGUCGAACAUGCGCUUGAAGAAGACGAAGCAAUUGUCGCGAUCAACAUCCUUUCCGUAAUCCGCGUCACUAAGAUGCUCUUGCCAGCCAUGGUCUCGGGAAAGAAAGGCCUGAUCCUCAACAUUGGCUCGUUCUCUGGUGCAUUCCCCUCCCCCAUGCUUUCAGUCUACACGGGCUCCAAAUCCUUCCUCCAGUCGUGGUCUCAGUGUCUCACAACCGAGCUGGCAGGCACAGGCGUCCGCGUGGAACUCGUUAACACAUACUUCGUCGUCUCCAACCUGAGCAAGAUUCGUCGCCCCUCUAUUAUUGCCCCUACCGCGAAGGCGUACGUGCGCACCGUGCUGGGAAAGAUCGGAGUGCCGUGUGGUAGCUUGGGCAGGCCGGGUGCGAUGACCCCGUUUUGGAGUCAUUCAAUUGGGGACUGGCUCGUGCAGGGUUAUGCUCCGAAGGGCUGGCUGUUGGGAUAUAUUAACAAUAUGCACAAGGAUAUCAGAAGAAGAGCUAUCAGGAAGGCGGAAAGACUCGCGAAGCAACAGUGA